AUGCAUGAUUGUCAUACUCGGCGUGCGCCAGUGAGCCCCUCAGCGCCAUCCGAAGCAUCCCUCAUCGCGAACACGACUUCUGCAGCCAUGAGCGGCGCGAGCACCAACUUUGGCGGGCUGUCGGAGGAGGCGGCGCGCGUGGCGGGGAUAAAGGGGAAGAAGAGCACGUUCAAGGAGAAGACGUGGGUGAACCCGUCGCGCACGCUCUACAUCACCAACGUGCCGCCCGGCGCCUCCACGGAGCAGCUCGAAGGGCUCUUUCGCCAUCUGGAGGGCUUUAUUGCUUUUCGUCGGGUGCGCAGCAUGUGCUUCGUUGACUUUGACGAGAAGCAGCAUGCGACAGCAGCCAUGUGGAAGACGAACGGGCACAAGUUUAAGCCGCACCACGACGGGCUUCUCGUCAGCUAUGACAAGGACGACGGGGAGGAGAAGGGGGGGUGGAGCAUGAGGCAGCGAGUGGAGGAGCGGCAGCGCAAGGCAGAGGCGGACCUCUCCCGCGUGCUCUACCGCUGCGCCGCCUGCAACCACUUCUGCUUCAAACUUGCGCGCCCGCUGUCAGCCCUGCCAGAGAGGCGCACGGACGGCAGCAGGGUGGUGGAGGCGGCAACGGACCUGGUCACCAUGAUGGCCGUCAAGGGCGGCCAGAAGCUGCUCAAGAGGGAGAAGGGAGUGGAGCGCCAGUUCCGAUACAACUGUGAGCUCUGUGACGCCUGCAUGGCGUACCGCCCCGUGCCCUACGAGCAGGACUCCAAAUACAUCUACCUCUUCCCCGAGGCCUUGACGGAGUCCAAGCCAGGCCAGCCCAACCACUCCUCCCCGGCAGCAGCGGUGGCGGCAGCGGUGGCAGCGGGCGUGGCGGUGUCCCCUGCAGUGGCUCAGCUGCGGCCCGUGACUGUGGCUGCUGAUGGGCUCCCGUCCAUCCUCGGCCUCCCCGGCAUGCCCCUCCCUGCCAUUGCUGAGGACGCUGCUGCCGCUGCUGCUGUACCUGGUGGCGCUGAUGCUGCUGGUGGUGCUGCUGCUAGUGGAGACGGGCAGGGGGGUGGAGAGGGGGAGGUGGUGAAGGGAGGGAAGGAGGGUGAAGAAGGGAAGGCAGGGGAGGAGAAGGCUGAUGGGAAUGAUGGCAAGGGUCGAAGCAGGCAAGAGGACAGCAGGCCACAGUUCGUCACAGGUCGUCGCGUGGCGAGGGGCCGCGAAGGUUUCGCAGCGUCGCCGUUACUGUCGCCGCCGUCACCUGUCCAAUCGCAGUCGCCUCAUCGCGCGGCGACGCGGGACUCCGAGGUUCGCAGGCGGGGCGCGGCGGAUCGGGGAUUGGCGGAGCCGGCGGCGGUAGUGCGCGGGCGGGAGGGCUAUCGGGGGAGCGCAGGGGGUAUCGGCGUCGGGGGAGCGCUUCAGUUGCGCAGCCGCGCGGGCAGCAGGAUGGGCGCGGGGGGAAGUAGCGCGGGCACGGAUCAGCCCAGCAGCAGGGGAAGCGGGGGAGGCGGCGGGAGGGGCGCGGCGCGGCGGGUGGCGAUAGUGGCGGUGGUGGCGGUGCUGGCGCUGACGCCGCUGCUGGCAUUCACGAGCGUGAUGCCGCCAUGGCUGCACGCGCACGGUGGCGCGCAGACAGAGGGGGAGGUGAGGGGAAAAGGCAAGGUGACUGGAGAGGGCGAGCAGGCAUCGCUGGUGACCCAUGCUGCCCUGCCCCACACGGAUCUUCACACGGAGGUGAGGUGCGGUGAGACCCCCACACCAGGGCUGUCAACAGUAACAGCAGCAGAAGCAGCAGCGCCUGCUGCAGAUUUUGAGCUGCCCUGGCCGGAGGACUCCAUGGCGCUGUGCCUUGUCGGGCAGCUGCGAACGUUUGAGCUGACCGGGCCAUCCAUAGCGGCGAAUCUGGUGGGGGUUGAGGGGUACGGGCAGGCAGACGUGUUUGUGGUGACGCCCCUCGAUGAGAACUCCGCCAAGCUCCUCGCCCUCAGGGGGAUGGGGUGGGCGGAGGGGGCGCAGGGAGCCGGGGGAGCCAGGGAAGAAAACGUCAUGCAGCAAGGGGAGGCGGGGAGAGGGGGAGGAGGAGGAUUGGGAGGGCCAAGGCUGGUGUCAGUGCGAGUGUUUCCGGAUUUCAACGUGAACGAGGCGCUGUACCCCACACACGCGCUCAAGGGGCUGGAGAACGGGCCGCAGGGGCUGCUGCAGCAGUUCAGCAUGGAAGCCAUGUGCGCUGCUGAUAUUGCUGAGAGAGAACGCCGCUACAGCCGCCGCUACAAGUGGCUCAUGAAGGCCCGCCCGGACUCUUUCUGGGCAGCGCCGCCCGCGCCGCUGGGCGCCUUGGAGUACUGGAGCUUGACGGCGCCGCCCGGGUUGGAUUUUGGUGGGGUGAAUGACAGGCUGGCGGUGGUGCCGCGGGCGGCGGGCCGGGCGGCGUUUGCGCGACUGCACAUGCUGGGGGCUGUGAGCGAAGGCGUCGGCGAAGCUGGCAAGCGAGUGAACGCGGAGACGGUGUACGCGCGCAUGCUGCAGCGCCUGAAUGUGACAGUCACGCGCGCGCACUUCCCCUUGUGCCUCGUGUCACACCACCAGUUCUUCCGCAUGCUCGCCCUCCCCAACCUCCGCAACCGCCGCGGCGGCGACUACUGCCGCCCCUGCCACCACGAGCCGCCGCCCAACCCGUUUUGCGAGCAGACGGGGCCGUGGGCGGCGGACUGGGCGGCGCAGUUCGACCAGCAUGUGCCGGAGCGGCUGGCGGCGGGGCGGCGGGCGGUGAUGGCUGCGGUGGAGGGCGGCAGAGAGGGGUGUGAGGCGCAGGUGGCUCAGCUGUCUCUCGAGGUUCGGCGCCGAACCAACCCGUCAGCCUCGUUGACAGCCCCACCGGCUCGCCGUGCUCUCCUCACUGCUCAACAACAACAGCAGCAAGCAUCAGCCUCUAACCCCGCAGGCCAAACCUCCCUGUGGCAACACCUGCUGGGGCGGCUAGGAGGGAGGCCAGUUGCGAGUGGGCUAGAGCAAGGCGGGAAGGAAGAGGAGACAGCAAGUGCGGCAGCAGCAGAGGAAGAGGUAGCAGAGGCGGCGUGGCGGGAGGCAGUGAGGAGGGAGGGGUGGAGGGCGCCGGUACCAGCAGUGCUGUGUGUGCGGCAUGGGCUGGGCAAGGCAACGGUGUUUGGGGCGUCUGGCACAGGGCGGGGUGGCAGCUGGUCCGCGUUCCUGCAGCACCUCUUCGCCCUCACCCACAGCAUCGCCGUGUCACUGCCUGCCACCCCACCCUCUGCCGACCUCCUCUGGGACGCCCACCUGCUCUCCGCCCUGCCCUCCAUGCGCCUCCUAAUGCUGCCAAAACCGCCCGCCCAACCCACUGCUGCUGCCGCCCAAACUGCCGACGCUGCCGCCCAGCAGCAGUCAGCAGCGGCAGGCAGGGAAGUGGGAGCACAGUACAAGGCGGUGUUUGAAGCGGCGGUGAGGCGGAUAAAGGCGGCAGAGGAGGUGGUGGGGAGGGGAGGUGCUGCUGUAGAUGCGGACCAUGUGCUUAGCGCUGCAGGGGCGUCCAAGCACGUGGACCUGAUUCGAGUGGGAGCGGGGCGCCUACCGGACCUGCAGGGGCUGCUAGCGCGGGGCAUGAGCACGUGCCAGCUGCUGGUGGACAUGGAGGGCGCGGGGGAGGGCGUGCUGGCGCAGCUCAGAGGCAGAUACUGGGAGGGGGGGUCGGGGGGCGGGGAAGGGGGUGUGGAGGGCGGUGGUGCUGAUGUAGGGAGGGCUGGCGUGGGUAGGAUGGGGGGGAGGCGACUGCAGCAAGUGGGGCAGGGGGCGCAGCAAGGGGAGGCACAAGGGGGCGAGCAUGGGGUAGAUCAAGGAGGGGUAGAUGCGAGCGGAGGAGUGGAGGAGCUGGAUGCGUUCUUGCUGCCGGAUGACCCGCUCUUAGCUAAGUGGCAGGGGGAGGCGGUGCUGAGGGAGGUGCAGCGGUGGCUGUCUGGAAGGUCAUUCCAUCUGGACCGGUGUGUGUCGGGGAAUGAGGAGAGGGUGGGGCGAUGCACCUUCUUCUCCCUCACGCACUGCCAGGCCCCCGUUACUACCCCUCAACAAACAAGUGGUAGAUAA